AAUAAUGAUUUCCGGUGAACCCUUGACGUCACAUCGCGACGUUUACAAAUGGUGGACGAGGGGGGUAACAAGGUGUAGGUGUAGGAUAUUGAGUACAGACACAGUAUAUGCUACGGUACGCUAGAUUAAGUUCAGAAUGCCAGUUCUAAAGAAGCAAGACUUUUGGAUCAAACAGAGCACAAAAGAAGAAUCUUUUGACAGCCAAUAUGAGCUGGGCAAAGAACUUGGCAGGGGGGCUACCUCAAGUGUCUACAAAUGCGAAAGAAAAGGUCUAGGUCAAGCAUGGGCAGUGAAGGUUUUGAGCAAAAAUAUCGAGAAAAAAGUUCUUACUGCAGAUGUUGGUAUCCUUCUCAAGCUAGAACAUAAAAAUCUGAUAAGACUGAAGGAAAUCUUUGAAUCCAAGUCUCGGAUUUUUCUGGUUCAAGAACUCGUCACAGGUGGUGAACUCUUUGACAGAAUAGUCAAUGUUGGCACCUACUCGGAAGCUGAGGCAUCCAAAGCAGUGCAGGAUAUCAUCUCGGGACUCAUGUAUCUGCACAGUUGGGGAAUUGUUCACAGAGACUUGAAGCCUGAAAACUUGCUGUACGAAAAUUUGGCAGAAGAUUCAAAGCUGAAAAUUUCUGACUUUGGCCUUUCUUCAAUUCUAAGUCCAGAGGUAGACAUGACCUCUGUGUGUGGAUCUCCUGGGUAUACAGGUAAGUUUUGACAAAACUGCACAUGG